GGUCUUCUAAGGUGAUGAACUUUUGCAAUGUACUAGUUUGAUCAAGCGCUGGAGCGUGGAAGCUGUGAACCUCCCAAGCUGUUGUGAAGUCUACCCUACUCUCUACCUGCCGAACAGAAUCACCAAAAGGGGGUGACAUACCAGAGCACUUCCAGCUUGAGAGAAUGUCGAACACUUCCAAGUGCAAGGUUUGUGUCACCGGGGCCUCUGGCUUUGUUGCCUCUUGGCUUGUCAAACGACUUCUCGAGUCUGGGUAUCAUGUUCUGGGGACAGUCAGAGACCCAGGCAAUCACAAGAAGGUAGCACACCUCUGGAACUUAGCAGGUGCCAAGGAAAGACUGGAGCUUGUGAGAGCUGACCUCUUGGAAGAAGGGAGCUUUGAUGAUGCUGUGAUGGCCUGUGAGGGUGUCUUCCACACUGCAUCACCUAUCAUCACCAAAUCUGAUUCCAAGGAAGAAAUGCUCAAUUCAGCAGUAAACGGCACUCUGAACGUGCUGAGAUCCUGCAAGAAGAAUCCACUGCUCAAAAGGGUUGUUCUCACAUCUUCAUCGUCAACUGUGAGGCUGAGGGAUGAAUCGGAAUUCCCCCCUAACGUGUCGCUGGAUGAAACAUCAUGGAGCUCUGUGGAGUUCUGCGAAAGUAUCCAGGUAUGGUACGGCGUCGCCAAGAUCCUGGCUGAAAAAUCAGCCUGGGAGUUUGCCAAGGAAAACAACAUCGACCUUGUGGCCGUUCUUCCAACCUUUGUUGUUGGACCUAAUCUAUCCCCUGAAUUAGGUCCCACUACUAAAGAUGUCCUUGGCUUAUUUAAAGGAGAGACAGAGAAGUUCACCAUGUUUGGGAGGAUGGGGUACGUACACAUCGACGACGUCGCGAGCUGCCACAUCCUGGUGUACGAAACCGCCGGUGCCAGAGGAAGGUACAUAUGCAACUCGGCGGUCCUGGACAACAACGAGCUGGUCGCCUUGCUCGCAAAGCGAUACCCAUCGUUUCCCAUCCCAAAGAGUUUACCAAACAUUUACGGGGAUCAGUCAUAUGGUUACAACACGUCCAAGAUCCGGGAGCUGGGACUGGAGUUCAAAGGAGUCGAGGAAAUGUUUGAUGCCUCGGUGGAGUCGCUCAAAGCUCAUGGCCAUCUGCUUGAAAGGACGCCAUGAUACGAUGAACAGGUCAAUCCCAUCCCUGGAGGAAGACAAUGAUGCCGCAGAGUCUAGAAGCAUUUCGAUCAGUGACAUGAGAAAUAUGUAUUCUCUUGCCCUUUUUUUGUUUUUGCAUUCUCUUGCAUACGUGCAGAACUAUGACUGUCUGCAUCAGCACUCAACAAGUAGUACAUGAAGCUAUGUAGCCACAUGAAGCAAACAGGAAAAGGAACCAAGUGUAUUCCAUCUUGCAUCUUCUCACGGUUAGAAUCAAAACACAAACUUGUUAAUUAGGCUUCCAGAUUACAA